GAAUGGCAUUCUUGGACCAGACUCUCUUGGAAUUAUGAGUUUGAAUGGAAAAGGAAUAGUUCUUGUAAACCUUUGGGGCUUUCAGAAUUGUUGAUAAUGCGACUUGGGAAUGGUUCUUGUAGACCUUUAGGACUUCCAGAAUUAUUGGUAAUGUGGUUUGGGAUGGAU